AUGGAAAACAAUACUGCCGUUGUUGACUAUAACAUACAUCGAAUUGUGAUAUUCACUGGAGUGGUCAUUUUCACUGUGUUUGGACUAUAUGGCAAUGUUAGCCUCAUAGUUAUACAUAUUCGCAACUCGAAGUUAAGAUCAAAAUACGGUAAGACUCAGUUUAUUUAUGCAUCUAAACUAUGUGUAUGUAGAGAUGGGACUGCUAAAAAAAGUUAUUGUAAAGAUGAAAACUCCUGUUCUGCUUUGUGGGAAAAUACUGCGUACGACAGAAGUCGAGCUUUCAGGCAUCGCGUUAGAAACAAUGAAAUCUACGUGAUGCUCGUAUCUCUUCCAUCUGCAAUAUAUGGGUUGUUGUCCGUGAUUUUUGGAUUUAUCAUGACAAAUGAUCAACCAAUAAAUAUGUGCAAUCCUCCAUCAAGUCUGAAUGAGAAAGUCAAAAAAUACUGGUAUAUAGUAGCUUUUAUAUGCGGUGGUGUCACGAUAUGUGGCUAUCUUCUCGCCUAUCUAAUUCUUCUCUACUACAGUAAGUCGAUCAUUACCACCUGCCUUUUUUACCUUCACUUUGUGUUUGCAGCGAUGAUUUGCUACAGUCAAAACUUCUAUGUGACUUUGUGGAGGAGUUCGGAAUAUCGGGAAGUUUUAUGGAAACAACAUAUGAAAGUACACAACAGCCUUUGCGGGAAGUGCUGUCCACUAACGAUGAAAAGAAAGGUGCUGUCGGAAUCUACACCGGACCAUAGACACGGCCCUGAACACAUUUCUAUGACCCACAUUUGA